AUGUUUUUUUUUGCUCUGUUAUACCUCACAGCCGUGCUUUGUUCAGCCAGACGGACUCAUGCAGUUCCCCUGUAUCCAGACUCCAGCGUGGAGCCACAGGCAGAAUUUAUUCAAAAGCUUGUGACAGAGGUAGAGAAUGGAGACAACACUGCAGACGUGGAACAGAGAGAAUUGAACAAUCUGUUUCCUCUGGUUAUGCAGCACAGCACUGGGAGAGACCCCUGGACCAAAGGAGUCAAAGAAUUUGCCAAACAGGAAAGAUAUGCCAACAUGGUGGAAGACUUGAAAGAAGUCGUUUUAAAGAUGGCUGCUGCUGACAGGCUCCGCUCUCAGAGUUUUAUAAGAUCCGAGCAGAGCCUUCCAAAGACAAACAAGAGAGCGUGUUUCUGGAAAUACUGUGUGACCAACUGA